UGAUCCAACGAUGAAUAACAAGGUAAGGUAUCAGAUCACUUCACGUUGGGUUUCUCUGCGAAAUUCAAUCUGAGAAGUGAAGCCUGAAUGUGUUGGCAUUCGCGUGGCGCUGACUGAUGCCCGGCCGAGGGAGGCAGGGAGUUACAAGGGCCCUGAGCGGCACUUUGAGAGGUCAGCGAGGCAGAGAGGAAAGGCCUGGGGUCGGGUCGGCGCCAAACAUAGGUAUUGUAUAUAAGCCACCAACUAUCCCGGCCUGCCAGUGUGCUCCCGACCGCUGGAGGGAGAGGACGUGCGGUGCGGCGGCCUGACUCGCGCUCCCCACCUCACCUACCCUUGCCUACUCCUCGUAGCUCGCACCUGAACGCAGAUUACUUCAGAUUACUCGUGAUUACCGCAUCUCUGGAGGCUCUCUCGCUCUCGCACGCAGCCCCUCGCGCCUCCAGUCCACAGGGUAGUGAGUUGAUGUAUCAUACUGAGUGAAAUACUGUGAGAUAUGUGACGGUUAUGCUGCGAGUGUGGAGGGAAGCGUGAACCAUGUCCUAGUGCUUCUGUCUUUGCUCUGUCUGUCUGUCUGUCUUCACGCCUCGUCCAGUAUUCAGCGGAACAACACGGGCGUGCGGACGAGGACAAGGGCGAGAACGAGAACGAGAAAAGGAGAAAUGAAACACUAACGCCGAGACACACCAACCCAUCCACCCACCACCCACCACCACCUGAAGAAGUAAUAAAAGAAAGAACAGUAUUUUGAAAGCUCUCUGCAGUAUGGUGACGCGUCCUGCCCCCCCGUGCCUCCGCGUCAGGGCUGCUGGAUGGGGUUACGACACCUCUGCGCCGCCUCCUUCACCGCCACAGCCCCCAGCACGCCAGCACGGACCAACAGCACACUAAAUACGGACCGAAACACACGUACGCAUACACGACAGAACAUAACUCUAAAAAAGGGAAGGAAAAAGAAAUAGUAAGAGAAAGUGAAUGAAUAACAGAUCUGAAGGGGAGCACUGUGACUGCCAAAAUCAGAAACCGAUGAAAUACUGAACUUAGAUCCCUGGAGACUGAAAUAAAAAAACCCUACAAGAACUAAACCUUUAAAAAAAAGUUGUACUGGUUGUGGCAAAUAAACAAGAACCACAUAACCUGACCUAACCUAACUGUAUGACAUAAACACAAUGACGACCCCAGGAGAAACAACACACGGAGGCGCAGGAGCAAAGAGGAAGCGGCGAGAGUAACAGCUGCACUUCCUUGAGUCUAGAACGAGGGGACACUGAGAACCCCAACGUGACACAAGCACACCUGACGAUACGUGGCGGCCGUGAGGGAGGCAGCGAGUGCGUUUGAGUGUAGAGUGCAUGAAUUUGAAGGCACAAUAACACAUAACACUGGAACACCCUUAGAGUCUGUGGUAAUCCUCUUUCCCUCCCCUCGGUAGAAAAGGAUGAGAGAACACAGAGGAGGCGGUGAACACGGUGAAAGACAAACGUGGGAACAGUGAGGAAGAAAGAGGUGAACAGUGCGCCAAGUAGAAACAAACAUGUAAGGAAAUAAAAAAAAUAUAAACACGCCGGAACAGUGACACGGGAAAAACAUGAACACAGCACCAGAUGGAAAUAAACAAGUAAAGGAUAUGAAAAAGAUCUAUUCUGGUGUGGUUUUUAAGCUUAUUUGAUCACCGUACUCGUGAGGCGGACAGAUAAAUCAACCUGUAUCACCCCCGCGUGUCUGAACUGAGUGGGUUUGGAGUGGCGGAGUAAGACAGGCACAGACGCACAGACACGAGCCACCACUAAAAAUACCUGCGAUCCGCGUCUUCCCGGGAACAGCAAUGCAUUAUAAAAGAGCCUUCCUGGAGGUGAUUAAGGCGCGCGAUCACCUGGCGGGGACGAGAACGCACGAAACACCGCAACACCAAUCAAUACCUGAGCUGGGUUGAGACAGAGGCGCCAUUGUACGUGCAGGAGGAAUAUUAAAGCAUCGCCAUCGCUCCCUCCAUCCUCUUAACUAGCGCAGCCGAAAAGAGGCAACAGAAACAAGAGAGGAAAGAAACAUAUGCAUACACACACAAACACAGACACAGACACGGGCAGACACAAACAAGUCCGCCUCACUUGGACUAUUACAGGCGACAAUACAAAGAGCUGUUAACACUAAAAGGAAACGUAGGAGUGUGGAAAACUUCAAAUGGACUGAGUGAGGAGCAGGCGUCCCUCUUCCAUUUAAGGCGAGUAGUGACGGGUGUUCGCUCACUCACUCGUUGCUGUCUCCGCCACUCGCCUACUCGCCUCAAACAUCAAAGUCCCUCCGCGCUGAGAAAAUAAGAGAGAGGGAGAAGAGAGAGGGAGAAAAAACCUAGCAAAGGGUGCAUGGACUAGACAUUAAGUGACGCUAAGGAUCUCUUGGCAAACCUGGAGUCUUUGUAAGUGUGUGUGUGAGUGACAAAGUGAUAGAUGACCCGUGUAGUCUCGAGCCGCUGCUAAGUCCAUGCCACGCCAUCUUGCCACGCCACUUCCCGACCCUUCAGCCUAGUACUGACUCCCCCUAGUGCAAGAUGGCGGCCUCCAAGGUGUUCCUCAGGGGCGCCAUCUUGGUCGUCCUCAUCCUCGUCACCGAAGGGACCCCGACAGAUGCGGGCGUCGGUCUAGGGUGGAACUGGGAGAUGUGGUGGACCUACGACGGCAUCUCAGGUCCUGAGUUCUGGGGCGUGAUCAACCCCGCGUGGGUGAUGUGUUCCGAGGGGCGCCGCCAAUCCCCAAUCAACCUGGACCCGAGGACACUGCUGCACGACCCCAACCUCACACCUGUAUCCCUCGACAAGACUCAGGUGCAAGGGAUUCUGGUCAACACGGGGCACAGCUUGGAGUGGCGGGUGAAGCCUUCGUCAGGUCCCUCUGUCAACCUGUCAGGAGGUCCUCUCUCCUACACCUACACGGUCAGCCACCUGCGUCUUCACUUCGGGGAGAGAGACCUGCAGGGCUCCGAACACACCAUAGCUAACCACGCCUUUCCUGCAGAGCUCCAGGUGUACGGUUACAACGCGCAGCUCUACCGGAACUUCACCCAGGCCGCCAGUCAGGUGUACGGCGUGGUGGCUAUUGCCGUCCUCGUGCAGCUCGGGGACCGCACCACUCCAGCCCUCGCCAACAUGCUGCAGGGCCUGUCAAGUGUUCAGUUCGGAGGGUCCUCGUCGCCGGAGCACGACCUAAGAGUGAGCGAGCUUCUGCCAACCACUGAGCAAUACCUUACCUACGACGGCUCCCUCACUGUCCCUGGCUGCUACGAAACGGUUACCUGGAUACUCCCCAACAAGCCCCUCUACAUAUCCUUCGGCCAGAUGCGCAACCUUCGAAUGCUCAAGCAAGGAUCGUCAAACUUCCGUAGAAACGCGCCCAUCGCCAAUAACUUUCGACCUCUGCAGUCUGCGCAUCACCGAACCGUCCGCACCAAUAUUGACUUUUCCCCAGACCCUCAGGGCAAGAAAUGCUCAGUGUCGGAGCCAAAGUUUCAAUAUAGAGCAAACGACUGGCUCCACUCCUGACCCUAAACCGCGGACAGUCACGGUCACAGCGGCCACCACAGCCAGCCACAGCCUCCUGACCCUCGUGUACAUACAUCCUGAGCGCCGCGUGUGCGUGUGUGUGCGUGAGCCUGACUCCCUCGGGCACUGUAGACUCUGUGUUUCUCCUGAACUAAUACCGUGUUGACUGUACUGGUUUGUUCACCGACUCGUUCGUUCCGAUGCUGUUUUUUUCCCCCUUUUUUUUAAUCCGAAAACCUGAGGGUAAAGCAACUGCGAGGAGGGACGUGGAAUGCUGCGGGAAGGGGAAAGAAGAAAAGCGAAAAAAGCGAACUCUUUCCAAUGUUUACGGGAAUGGAAACCAACCCCGCUCUCAUUCCCUUUCCGGAGGCAUGAAUCAGUCCCAUUCGCCCCUAAAUCAUUAAUCCUCCAACGAAACAAGGAAAAAUACUCCUCAACACUGAGUAACCCGAGUAGCGGGCUGUCCAGGUGACCGUUGCCAGGUGCAAGGCUAUUCCACCUCUCCUCACACUUGCCCAGCACAUGUGGCACCCUUGUUUAUGAGAGCCAGGUGUGAGGCGAGGCAAAGGUGCUUAUCAGCCUCCCUUGCUGCGUGUAUAGAGCUCGUCUUUAUUCGCCGUGACCCAGCCUGAUCUUACGUAGCCCCACCCUGGUGACCUCCACGUACUCGUAACCCUUUAAUUCAAUCUAGUUAGGAAAAAUCUUAAUUGGCGUCAGAGAAACCCCAUGACUGACUCAGUAAACUCACUGAAAAGCUUUUGAAUUUACCUUUACCUAUGGUCUACACUCACUGAAUCAGCGAAACGAAAGCAAGACUCAAUUUGACUUACUGGAAAAGUUCUACUACCUUUAGCUACAAUGGAGACACACUAAAUCAGCAAAACAAAGGCAAAAUCCAUUUCUUACUGAAAGCUCCGGUAUCACUGUUAACCAUUUUGGACUGACUGAAUCUUCAUAAUAAAGCCAAAACCCAUUUCUAACUCACUGCAAAAUCUGCACUACCUUCAACUACGAUCGAGACUCACUGAAUGAACAAAACAAAGCCAAAACUGACUCAUUGAAAACCUCUCCUACCUUUAACCACGUUGUAUAGUCACGGCCAAGAACUUGUUCACAAGCCGUAUGCUUUUCCACUAAUUCAACCGUUUCGUCUCAACCGCAAGUCCUCCGAUGUGCUGCCUGUCACCUAACACAACCUAAGAAGUGAAAGGCUCUAAGAACAGAGGACGUAAAACUGAAGAAAAAACGCUAAGCACAGUGGGAGUGAGAGAGAGUCAGGUUAGAAGACUUCUGGCCGCGACUGUACACUCACGGAACCAACAAAAUCAAUGGCAAAAAUCAAUGGCAAACUUAACUUCUAACCAACAUGAAUAAGUGACUAAUGUAAAUAUAUGCCCAGCAGAACACGAAAUUAUAAUGCAGUACUGUUUCGUUCUCUCUUCCCGUCAGAGAAGUGUCAAAUAGCGGUACAUUCUUGAUUACCACGUCCUCGCGUUCCCUGAGUUAUACACGCACCGCUUUCAUCUCGUUCCGUCGCCCCUCUUAACUCCCGCACUGACAAUAUACAGCGGGAAAGUUUUAAUGCCACAAGAUUUAAUGUAGAAAGAAGUGGAAGAGAGAGAAUGACAGGGAGCCGUCACUCAGCGAGACGCGGUGUGACGGACGCAAAUGUUAAGGUUCUCUUCUGUCUCUGGCUCUCGCUUUUGCUCUCUCUCUCUCUCUCUCUCUCUCUCUCUCUCUCUCUCUCUCUCUCUCUCUCUCUCUCUCUGCUUUUUCUUCAGCUAUUUCCCAGUAAGAUUUCCCAGUAAGACCUAAGUCGCUGAAGAGUGUGAAAGAAAGAGAGAAAAAUUAGACGUAUUUACUUCUCUAAUUAUCACAGCGUUCAUUACGAGAGAGAGAGAGAGAGAGAGAGAGAGAGAGAGAGAGAGAGAGAGAGAGAGAGAGAGAGAGAGAGAGAGAGAGAGAGAGAGAGAGAGAGAGAGAGAGAGAGAGAGAGAGAGAGAGAGAGAGAGAGAGUUUCUGUUGAUCUCUCAUGUCCGCCCUAUUACUAUUUAGAGUGUUAAUUAAGGGACAGGUGAGAGGUGUCAUUUACCUGUGAAUGGCCUGUCCUGUCAGCGUGAGCGUCAGAGGUUCCUGGGGCGAGGUAGAAUAUGGAAGAGUAAUAAAGAGUCUCUGGGCGAAUAUUGAUAACUAUUUUGGGAAUUUUGUGAUAGUUGAUGAUGGAUAAAGGAUACUACUACUGCUAUUACUACUACUACUACUACUACUACUACUACUAUUACAACCACCAACACUACUACAACUACUACAACUACUACUACUAAUGCUACCACUACUACUAUUACUGCAACUACUACUACUAAUCAAGCUGUGUAGAGGUGUGCACUGCCUAAUAACACCAAGGAGGGGAAGUGUUUGUGUGCUCUGGUAUAAUCAGACCUAGAGCUUUGAUUCUACAGACGCAGGGAAGGUAAUGGCCCUAAAUGAAUCCCCUUUGAGGCCAGGGCUGUAGAGGGAGCACUCAAGGCAGACCCCAAAAGGCCUCUCGCUGGAGCACUCCCGCUGUGCCACUUCACCUAAAUUAUGACUUCGAAUGCUGAAGAUACGAAGGUGGAAAACAUCAUAAAAAAAAAAAGUGGAAAAGGGAAAUAUUUUAUGACUGUCUGUUGAUUGAAAUUAGUUUGUAGUUUCAGAAGAGAAAUUAAACACGAGGAAAGGAAGUUUAAACAUGAAGGAAGGAAGGAAGGAAAGAAGGAAGAGAAGUUUACUCUCGUUCACUUCACACUUAUGAUUUUGAAUGCUAAGGAUGCGAAGGCAGAAAGCACAAUAAUUUUAAGAGUGAAAAAAAGGGUUAUGUUGUAUGACUUUCUGUUCACUGGAAUCAGUUUGUGGUGAACAACAAGGAAGAAAAGCAAAAAUCUCCCACUGUAUUUCAUUUGCAGCUUUAGAAAUAGAAAAGGAAAAGGGAAAGAAAAACGUAAUCAAACUAGAAAUUGAAAUCCAGUUCGUUCGCAUUGAAAGGAAGAAACUGACGAUUAUAGAAUGUGAGGAAAAGACAAACAUUUGAACUGAAUAAGUGGAAGAAAUUGAAAAACGUAAUCACUUCAAUUUUCUUCCCUCCAAAAUUGACUUAGCUGAAUUGUGAAAGUGAAAAUGACAAAAAAAAAUAUAUAACUGAAACGAAAGAAAGCAAUAACCUAAAUUAAUAGAGAAAGAGUUUGAAAAGAUGAUCAGAAUUCUGUUAACAGAAUAAAUUCUGUUAACAGAAGCAGGUGAAAAAGAGGAGAUUAAAAAAUAUGAACAUGGAAAAAGACAUGGAAUUGGUAACAACGCAAGACAAUAUAAGAAGGAAUGGAAAUAACAGAAGAGAAAAUAAGAAAUGAAACUAACUCGAACGAAAGAAGCAUACCAAAUAAAAAUGAAAGAAAAUUAAAAAAGAAAAGAUAUCACAUCAAAACAAAUACAAGAAAAUAAAAAGGACGCUGCAGAACGAAAAUAAAGUAAAUCUGAACAAAAAAAAAGAAAAUGAAAAUAUCUUACCAAAAGGAAUAUAAAAAAGAAAACACACGCUACAAAAGAGAAAUAACACAAACUUAAAUAAAAAAAGAAAAGAAAAUGAAAUAAAAGAGAAAAGAAAACAUCACAAAAAAAAUGAACACAACAAAACCAAAAUAACAAACUUAAAUCCAAACUUGAGUAAAAAAAAAAAAAUAAAUAAAAUAAAACGAGAAAGUGCAAUACCUGACAUGCGGACCACGCGAUGGUACUCAACCUUGAAAUUUAGCCAAGAAAAGUCUAGGUGAGACUGCAGGUAAAUGCCAGCAUACACCUGCUUUAUUAACGUGUGCAGGUCUUGAGUCUUGACAGGUGACAGCUAACCCUCUCCCCCCACCCAACACACACACCAGUAUCUCAACUGUCUUUGAUUGCACAAACACUUACAUGAGUGUGUAUCUGCACAAAACAACUUUGCAUAUUGUGCAGCUGAAUUUUUCUUACUUUAUUUUAUACUCUUUAUCGAUUUCAGUGCAGCUUUUUCUUUCUUUUUUUUUUUACUUUGUUUUUGUUGCCCUUUACCAUUGUCUACCUCGAUUUCAGUGCGUCUUUUUCUUUCUUUUUACUUCAUUUUUGCUGUCCUUUGCAAGUGUCCAUCUUACAUAAAUAAGUAAACAACGAAAGGAUACGAACAUUCAACAAUUAAUCCUCGUGCUAACUUCUCUCUCUUGUUUUCGUUCUCUCUUUUUUUUUCCUUUUAUUUUUUCAAGUAAAUAAAACGUAACCUAUGAAACCUAGAAAAUAAUAACUUGAUUUUUGCUCUCUGAAAAAAGUUAAAUGAAAAAAAGAUUUAUAGAUUUUAAUCAGAAUGCCCAAUUUGGUGCUUAUGAGACUUCAAAUAGUUAGUGUCACAUGAAGGUAGAAGAACAGAAUCCGGGUCAGAAUUCCACAGUUCUCGUAUACAAUACACGUGAAUACCUACGCACAAAUAUAUCCACUAGGUUCUUUUCCUCGUUUUCUUUUCUCGUACUAGGCUUCAUCUCACACUAUCUUUCCUAGCCAUUUUUCUCUCUUCAACAAAUAUUAUACUAACAAACACCUACACACACACAGAAUAGAAGAAUAUGGACUAGUGCUUUUGCAAUACUUUUCUUUCUUUAUUACUAGAAUGAUAUUUACACAAUGCUACACAGAAAGAAAAAUGCACUAGAAGCGCUUUAUGAUUUAUGUUAUCAACGCCUUUAAAUACGCUUUAAAUACAACACAAAAAAGAAAUAAAAAUAUUCUUUUGCAUUUUUCUUUGUCACUUCAAUAUAAUUUACAAACUCCUGCACAGACAGAAAUAUGCAGUGAAUCUUCAUCAUUUUCUUUAUCAACGUCUCUAAAUACAAAUGAGUAACAGAAGAAUAUAUAUAUAUAAUUUUUUUUUUUUAUUUGGUUUACCACUUGAAUAAUAUUUACAAACUCCUAUACAUACACAAGAUUUUUUGUUAUUACUUUUUAUUUACGAAUGUCUCCACAUACUACUGAACAAAACAGAAAAGAACGAAUAUUUUGCCAUUAUUUCGUCAUUUAAAUACCUACACAUAAAUAUCACACAACUCAUGCUCUCAUUUUCCAUUUUAUCUCUUUAAUAGCAACAAACUAAUGAAUUGAAAAAAUAUAUAUAGUCCAACAAUCUUUCCUCUUCCCCCUUUUAACACUUACACCCGAGAACACCUUUAAGUUUCCUCUUAAAAACUUCCCUUUCCUAUUUCCUCCAUCUCACUGUGCCAGCUCCAUUACCUGCGUUGCUUUUUUUUUUCAAUAAUUCCCUCUUGGUUGAUGGGAAGCGAAACUAAAGGGAAUAUUAAUAUCACCUCGAAAUGACGAGACGAGAAGAGGCUGAUCAAGUCAUUUUUGUACUGAUUCUAAAUUCAAAUGAUAUUCGUAUCUUCCUCAUUACUAAUCGUACAAGCUCCUGGAAUUUCCUGCUUGGGGGAUUUAAAAAGUAGAGAGAGUUAAAGAGUUAUUCAAGGGAAGUGUUAUAUCAUUUAAAAGAGACGCAAUGUUAAUCGAGAGAGAGAGAGAGAGAGAGAGAGAGAGAGAGAGAGAGAGAGAGAGAGAGAGAGAGAGAGAGAGAGAGAGAGAGAGAGAGAGAGAGAGAGAGAGAGAGAGUACAGUUACGGCAUUUAAUUCUCUUACGAUUAAACAAGGUAAUGGAAACUCGUAACAAGAACAAUGCUAAGAAUAAUAAUAAUAAUAAUAACAGUAACAAUAAUAAUAAUAAUAAUAAUAAUAAUAAUAAUAAUAAUAAUAAUAAUAAUAAUAAUAAUAAUAAUAAUAACAACAACAACAACAACAACAAAACUCAAUUCCCAUACCUGCACACUCACACACUCACUCACACAUUUAUCCACCUCACACCCACAUACUUACACACUUACCCACCCCCAACACUCACCCACAUACCUACACACUUACCCAGCCCAACACCCACCCACACACCUACUCACCCACAUACUCACACAGACACAGACGCACUGCCGUAACUCAGUCCGCAGGCGGCGCUUUGCAUUACAGACUCCUGCACUCUUGCAAAUUGACGCACAUACGGUAAUUAACCAGGAGCGAGCGAGCUGGAAUUACAUACAUAUCUGGAAACUGAGCGAUGAGGAAAGGGACACACUCACGCAUUCACACACGAAUACGUACCGACAGAUAUACAGACAGAUAUACAUACAAGACUCGUACGCUAUCGAGGCUCCACGUAAACUAUUAAUUAACAUGAUUACCUGAGAAAUGUUCUUUUCCCGUGUUUUUUAUGGUUAUUCUCAAAAAUGGCAAAGAAUUGUGUUGUUAUUGUUGUUGUUGCUGGUUGUUAUAAUAAUAAUAAUAAUAAUAAUAAUAAUAAUAAUAAUAAUAAUAAUAAUAAUAAUAAUAAUAAUAAUAAUAAUAAUAAUAAUAAUAAUAGUAAUCAUUAUUAUUAUUAUUAUUAUUAUUAUUAUUAUUAUUAUUAUUAUUAUUACUAUUAUUAUUAUGAUUGUUAUCAUUACUGUUGCUGCUGCUCCUACUAAUACUACUACCACUACUUCCACCACUACAACAACAACUACUACUACUACUACUACUACUACUACUACUACUACUACUACUACAUUCACGAGAAAUGUUUGGAUUUAUUGAUGAUGAUAAUUGAAAAUUUUGUACGAUUUUAUGCAAAAAAAAAGGAAAACCUCAAUAUUUUAAGAUCAGGAACGGAUCCAACUGAUCUGAGUCAGCAUCAAGGUCACUAAGGUCAGCGGAGGUCACCAAAGAGCGGCGGCACUAUGGUCAGACACACGGCGCGUUGAGAUAAGCCGUGGGUUCGAGUCCCUCACUAAAGGUGUAUGAGGACUCUCCCCUUUUGUACAUAACUAUCUCUUCUCUCUCUUUUUCUCGUACCUCUCCCUCUCCCUCUCCUUCUCCCUCUCCCUCUGUCUCUCUCACUCUCACUCUCUCUCUUCCCUGCCACCGUGUAAUUACCUAAGACAAACUAUAUGUUCUUAAUUUACUCCUAUUUUUUUGCCCUCUCAUCAGCGUGGCCUCAACAUCCCCUCAGCAAGACUCAGCACUCCCUGAAUAACCUAACCAAACUUUGCCUGCACUCCAGACCCUAGUGUUCUAUCUUGACACACCCUUCCUUCCGUUUCCACCACUCCAGGUCCUAUUCUCUGCUAUCUACACACCCCUUCAUUCUGCUUCCGUCACUCCAGGCCCCACUCUUUUUAUUAUCUGCAUAUUCACCUGCCUUUGUUUUUCUACCACUUCUGAUCCUACUCCUUGCUGUCUAUGCACAUUCCUUUAUUGGUGCAAAUGUUUUUUUUUUGUUUUCUUUUUUUAUAUAUUCUAUACAUUUUUUCUACUCAAGAUGCUUCCACUCUGUUCUUGACCUACACAAACUCGAUUCUCUGUAUAAUUUAACCUUACUUAGCUCGAUUGAAACUGCUUUUUUUUCUAAAUACAAUAACCCCUUAAAUUAUUUCAACUCUUCUAUACAUUUAUCUCUACACAAGUUAGUUUUUUUUCAUUGUGUUCCUUACCUACACAAACUCGACUCUCUAGAUAAUCUAAUCUUAAAUUUUUUUCUACUCCAAGCUCUACUGUUUACUGCAGAAUCCAGCCUUUCCUUCAUUACCUAUAUAAACUUAACUUUUUAUUUUUUUCGUCCAAAACCAGCUUAUCCUUCCGAUAUAAAACCCUACUCUUCAAUAUCAAAAUAAACGUAACCUUCUCUUCUCAACACACAAACUUACCUUUCCCAUAAAAAAAGAAAAAACCCUUCUAUACAUUUACACAGGUUAGCUUCUUUCAUUGAGUUCCUCACCUAUACAAACUCGACUCCUUCUAGAUAAUUUAACCUUACUUUUUUCUACUCCAAGCUCUACUAUUUAUUGGAGUUUUACACCCAGGUAAACUUACCCUAACUUAAGUAGACAUGACAGACUUCUUUCUUCAAACCCAACAUACCUUUCACCCAAAUAUUCCCAAGCUUCUCUACUUAAAACCCAAGCAUCUAAAACCCUCAAGCUUUCAACUCUGUAUAAUUUAACCUUACUUAGCUCGAUUCAAACUGCUUUUUUUCUUUUUUUCCCCUGCCAAUAAUUCAACCAUACCACCUAAAAGCAACUCCUUACCUAACCUUGACCUAAAAACACACACCUGUCACGCCAAAACUUCUCAAUUACAGGUGUGUUCAACUACUACUAUCCUUCACCCCUGUACCUGUACUAUUACCUGGGUGGGCUUUAUUACCUCACCUGGCUUGACUAAUUACCUGACCCCUCUCCGUCGCGCUGCAGGGAAACAAUGGAGGUCACUGCUAUUAGCUCGUCAUAAAGGUGAUAUUGAGGCAUAACAAGGUCAUUUUGGCGUGUUUAAUGUAACUCUCUCUCUCUCUCUCUCUCUCUCUCUCUCUCUCUCUCUCUCUCUCUCUCUCUCUCUCUCUCUCUCUCUCUCUUUCUAUGUUGAUGACGAGACACUAGUGAGAUCAUGCGGAUAAGAGAGAGAGAGAGAGAGAGAGAGAGAGAGAGAGAGAGAGAGAGAGAGAGAGAGAGAGAGAGAGAGAGAGAGAGAGAGAGAGAGAGAGAGAGAGAGAGAGAGAGAGAGAGAUUGUUGGUGAAAAGAAAAGAGGAAAAGAAGAAAACAGAGGAAACAUUCAAAGAGAGAGAAGGAUGAAAGGAUGGAAGUGAGUGGAAGGAAGGAAUGAAAGGUGGAAUGGAAGAAGGAAGGAAGGAAAGACGGAAGGAAGAGAGCAAGGUAGCAAGGAAGGAAGAAAACAAGUGGAUAAAACAUAGGGAAAGAAGUGAUGUUAAGUAAUGAUAUUUAAAACGAGGACAUAUCAACAAAGAUACAAGAUGUGGUACUUAUACAUAUCAAUAUACAUAUCUCUAGUUACUGUAUGAGGAAUGGAGUUGUUAUAGACUCUCUCUCUCUCUCUCUCUCUCUCUCUCUCUCUCUCUCUCUCUCUCUCUCUCUCUCUCUCUCUCU